UUUUUUUUUUUGCGUCGCGAUUUAAAGGGUGUGAUGAAUGGAUCGCGUUUGCCGCUUUCGUUGGUUGAGGAUUUGUCGCGCAUGCGGCUGACGCAUGCAGCUGGAGACUACGCCAGUGAUGCGCGGAAAGUGGCGCCCGUGGUACCACCGAAGCCAAGGAAGCCGGCGGGUUGCCAAGAGGAAUGUGACGCUCCGCCGCAAGUGGCGCCCCGCAAAGACCCUCCGGCUUACCACGAACCGCACAUCUUCCAGCCCACACCGUCC